UCCAUAGAAACCGGUCCGAUAUUUACUUGUCAAUAAACACGAAUCAAGUCAUUGAAAGUUUCUGUAAACAAUGCCUAUAGCAGAAAUCCAUGAAGUAUUACUAAAAUACGACAAAGAUGAAGACAAAAUCGAUACAAAGUUGAAAAAAACCCAUCAAGACAUAUUAUGCGAUGGUUUAAAAUUUAAAAAUUCUGAGGUCUGCAUCAAAAAUACUUUUACUUACGAAGAGGCUGUUAAAAGAAAUAGAAUGCUGAUCAACGAACUCGAGAUUGUUAAAGGGAAUAUUCGAUCUAAAUCCAUCUACAGUCCUUCUGAAAUGCAAUGGAAGAAAAUUUGUGAAAACUAUAAGGCCAAUCCGUCUUUAGUAGUGAGUUCUUGGAAAUGUAUUAAUCCUGUGUAUGUCUAA